UCAACAACUGCAGCCACCUCGGUUGCGCGCUAGCCAACAAAGUCGGAACAUUCAAGUUCUUUCGACAAUUUCGUGGUUUAAUUGCCAUUUGGAUUUAAACAUACUUAUGUGUAAACAACUAGCUACCCCAUUUAAUUUAAUAUUUACGUUGUAAGUCAACUAGCUGGCUGGUUAAGUUAGCACUAGUCUAGUCGCUAAUGCUAACUAGCUAUUAUCCCCGACCAUGAGUUCACUAAAUUACUCUCCUCCUGCUGAAGAAGAUGUGGUCUGCUGGACGGAGAAAGAAACUCUGGUGAAAGAGGAGGAGGAAGAGGAGGCUGUUACAAUACAACAACAAGUAGAGGGUGAGGCUGUUACCGUGAAAGACGAAGAGAAAGACGUUACAGUGAAAGACUCGUUCAGAGUGAAAGAGGAGGAGGAUGUUACCGUGAAAGAAAAUGAGGAUGAUGCCGUUUUUGGAUUAGAAGAUGAAGUUUUUGGAUUAACGGAUGAAGAGGGGGAGAUUACUGUCACACUUGAGGAGGACGAAGAAGAGCAGACUGGAGAUCUGAUUAACACCAGUAAAUACAGAUUGAGACGGGACUAUCGUGGAUCCUCUGGGGAUCCUCAACAACAUCAUGAUGCUGACGAGGCAGAGAAAAGUCUUUCCAGAUCAGAACUACACAAGAAACACCGGCAGAGACCUACAGGGAAAAAAACUCACUGCUGCUCUGACUGUGGGAAAAUGUUAAAUUCUUCAGUAGACCUUAAAAUACAUCAAAGAAUUCACACUGGAGAGAAACCUUUUGGCUGUGAUCACUGUGGGAAGAGUUUUAUUCGUCUACAAACCCUGAAAUCACACCAGAGAAUUCACACUGGAGAGAAACCUUAUGGCUGUGAUCAAUGUGGGAAGAGUUUUACUCAGCUAAACAGCCUGAUGGUACACCAGCGGGGACACACAGGAGAGAAACCGUAUAGCUGUAAUCAAUGUGGGAAGAGUUUUUCUACAUCUAGCUAUCUAACUAUACACCAGAGAACACAUACAGGAGAGAAACCAUAUAGCUGUAAUCAAUGUGGGAAGAGUUUUAUUCGUCUACAAACCCUGAGAUCACACCAGAGAAUACACACUGGAGAGAAACCUUAUAGCUGUGAUCAAUGUGGAAAGAGUUUUACUCACCUUAACAGCCUCAUAGUACACCAGCGGACACACACAGGAGAGAAGUCUUAUAGCUGUGAUCAAUGUGGAAAGAGAUUUUCUACAUCUAGUUAUUUAAAGAUACACCAAAGAACACACACAGGAGAGAAACCACAUAGCUGUAACCAAUGUGGGAAGAGUUUCACUCAGCUGAACAGCAUGAUAGUUCACCAGCGGACACACACGGGAGAGAAAGUUUUUAAAUGUGAUCAAUGUGGAAAGAGUUUUGGUACAUCUGGAUGUCUGAAGACACACCAGAGAACACACACAGGAGAGAAACCUUAUAACUGUAGUCAAUGUGGGAAGAGUUUUGGUACAUCUGGAUGUCUGACAACACAUCAGAGAACACACACAGGAGAGAAACCUUAUAACUGUAGUCAAUGUGGGAAGAGUUUUACCACAUCGAGCCAGCUGACUUUACACAAGAGAACACACACUGGAGAGAAACCUUAUAGCUGUGAUCAAUGUGGGAAGAGUUUUUCACGGCCAGACAGCCUGAAUAUACACAAGCGUACACACACAGGAGAGAAACCUUAUAGCUGUAGUAAAUGUGGGAAGGGUUUUACUACAUCUUGCCAGCUUACUUUGCACCAGAGAAGACACACAGGACAGAGUCCUUAUAGCUGUACUCAAUGAGGGAAGAGUUGUACUUUGCUAAACAGCCUGGUGUCACACCAGAGAACACACACAGGAGAGAAAUCUCUUAGCUGUAAUCAAUGUGGGAAGAGAUAAUCUGAUAAAAGAUCUCUGACUAAACAUCAGAAAAUACAUAAAGGAGUUGUUUCAUGAUAUCAAUGAAUUAAUUUCACAAUAUAGAAUGUUUUAACAUUGUAGAAGGAGUAUUUUAAUGAUGUCACAAUGUAGAAUGUUUUAACAUUGUAGUAGGAGUAUUUUAAUGAUGUCACAAUGUAGAAUGUUUUAACAUUGUAGUAGGAGUAUUUUAAUGAUGUCACAAUAUAGAAUGCAUUAACAUUGUAGUAGGAGUAUUUUAUUGAUGUCACAAUGUUGAACCCUAAACGUUUACCACCUGUUCUAUUGAUUUUAGCCUCAGGCGAAAAAUCCAGGCUCUGAAAUGAAAGAGUACUAUUUAGGUGAUUUAACAAAAAGUGAGUAACAAAAAAAAGAGUUGUGUUCCACUUACUGCAUUGGUGAACCACUUGAAUCAAAAUGCAACACUUCAAAAUGUAGCUUGCUAAUUCUUCAAAUUAACACACUGAUUGGUGUCACCUCGUUAGUCAGUAUGUGUUACACCUGUGCUGGCUUGUCCAUCUCGUUAGUGGGAAGGUGUUUCACCUGAGCUGGUCCAGAUUAUAUUUAAGAGUGUCUGGCCCAGUGCUCCAGAUGUUUUGAUAGAUGUGGAGAGUCAGCACCUUUAGUUGCUCCACCUUUUUGGUUUGCUUCCUGUCUGUACGUUUGGUGUGGGUUUUUCUUUUGGGUGCUUCUUCUUGGGCAGAUUUAGUGGGUCUCAUGGUGGGUGUCUUUUAUGUACCAGUUGUUGUCCUUAGUCAACUUUCAUUGGACACCCCCAUCGUGUCUUUCAGAACCCCUCCUAAAAAACAAGCUUAUAUUUUGAUGUGGAUAUUUUAACAUUUUAAUCAAUGGCAUUUCUUUAGGAUGCUCAUUAGUCUUUAAGUUGUUAACCUUGUUUUUUAUCCUCUUAUGUUGUGUACUAAAUAUUUCUGUGUAUUUUCAUUGUUUUUUCUUGU